UUUUUGGGAAACGUCACAACUCAACUGCGUCUGCGUGAAGUCACAUGAUUGAUAAGUUCUAUAACCUAACCUGAUAUAUAUUCGUAUUCUAAGUAUUAUUGAAUUAUUUUUGAAUUUUAAGUUAUAUUUUGUACGAGUGCAUAUAGAUUAAUUAGCCCAGUUAGUCCUUGAAACCUGUAGCCGCGAUAAUUAAGUGCUUUUAUUGAAUUGCUAUUCAGAAUGUGGCUAGAUGAAGUCGACGAAAUUUUCAAAGGAUACAACAUUUCUUGUUAUAUUCUGAUAGUUUUGCCUAUAUUCAUUUUAGUAUCUUCUACAAGCCCUGUAUCUGCGUCCCAUGAGUUUCCUGCUUAUCGAAUGCAACACUUCGACUUGCAUGGCAUGGCUUUUGGCAGUCGAAUGGCAUCAGUAAAUUUGGAAGCAAGAUCAAUUUCGACAUUUAGCUCAUCCAGGCAUUGUGUUUUUGCACGACUAAUGGAUUUAAGCAUUGAAACUUAUCGAAAUAUAAGAGGAAAAGCUGGGGCCCUUAUUGUGGAACUGCCCAAGAGUUUGUCAAAUUUGACACAGGAUGAGAAACAGCACAUUUUAAUGUUGGAGCAAAAAAUGAUCUAUGAACAAGAGACAUCCAUCCCCGUUUAUUUCACAAAGUACAACAAUGUCAUUGAUAACAUUGUAACUGAAUUGUCUACCAAUGUGGAUGCAAGAAAUAAGAAAAAGUCUGCGGCCGAAACGUUGUUUUCCUCAAUUGCUGCCAACGGAUAUCAAAUUGUCAUUUCCGCCGGAACUCCAACAGCAAGAACGGAUACAAAAAUUGCUACCAUUUAUGGCCAUUUAGCCGGAUAUAGGCCAGAUGGAAAAGUUCCUACUAUAGCAAUUGUAACUCAUUAUGAUAGUUUCGGAGUUGCACCGGAAUUAUCACAUGGAGCAGAUGCAAAUGGAUCAGGAGUAAUUGUAAUGCUGGAACUGAUACGAUUAUUGUCCGGAUUAUAUGCCGAUCCCAAAACAAGAGGAAAGUUCAACAUCAUUUUUGUCCUUGCCGGAGGCGGCAAGAUUAAUUUCCAAGGCAGCAAGAAGUGGUUGGAAGAGCAAUUGGAUUCAUCUGAGGGGUCACUGAUACAGGAAGCAUCAUUUGUACUAUGUCUUGAUACAUUAGCAGCAUCAGACACCAUUUUCAUGCACGUUUCGAAGCCUCCAAAGGACGGCUCACCAGCUUCUAUAUUUUACAAGAAUUUAAAGUCAGUUGGAGAAGAUUAUCCUUCGGUGUCCAUAGAGGGUGUUCAUAAAAAAAUUAAUUUAGCAGAGGAUAUUUUGGCCUGGGAACAUGAACGAUACAGCAUAAGACGGUUAACAGCAUUUACACUUUCCUCUGUAAAAAGUCAUAAAGACUCAUGGAGGUCUACAAUUUUGGAUAAUAGCGAAAACUUAGACAUAAAUCGAUUGGAGAGAAAUGCUAAAAUUAUUGUAAACUCUAUCGGAAAAUUUGUUUACGAUAUUCCUGAUGGGGGAAUAUUUGGUGGCAGUUGGGAUGUAAACCCCGCUUACAUAGAUGCGUGGCUGAACCACCUAGCGGGCCAACCUAGAUCUUCUCAAUUACUUAGUACAAAAGAUAACGCGUUGGUUGUUUCACUACAAGACAAUUUCAACAAAUAUUUAAGAGACGUUAAAAUAACUUUUGCCAUGCCAGACAAGAGAGAUCCUGAUUACCAAUUCUUUGGCACCACUGGCGGAACUUUGAACAUUUACAGUGUUAAACCAGCCGUUUUUGAUCUCAUCGUAACUUUAGCAAUAACAUUGUAUUUAGUACUCGUAUACGUUGUUAUCCAUUAUGUUCCAGUUCUUUAUUCCGUGUCUAUGAAUUUAAUGAAAAACCAAAAAGUCAAGGCUCGGUAGAAAUAUCCGACAUGUGCAUAAUAAAUGUAAGGUAAUAAUAGUAGCAAUAUUUUGUAGCGACAGUGGAAUUUAAGUAUAAAAAAGAUGUAAAUUUGAUCCAGUAUAUUUUGAUACAGGAUCUCGCCUGUUUCUGUAAUAAUCUCGAAGACUAUUUCACAGGUAUUCUAGCGUUAUAGUAAUUGUUUUGUUGAUAUUAAAUACAGAAUAUACAUGAUUGUAUAAAAAA